UGACGUGCGACAUGCAUGACACAACCUCGGCGGGUCGCUUUGUUUUUUGUUGCUAGUUGAUCCUUAUCCUCAACGUGGAUUACCACUGUCAACUUCACCUUCACUUCAAGCACGUGUCAUACACAGCCCAACCACAUCGUUUCCCUUUCAACGCCCAGCGAAACCCACGCCUCGUAUUUUUUAUUUGUCGACAAAAACUCCCAGUUGAAGUCCAAGCGGCUUUGGUUCUCUUUUAGGGUUCAAGCAGGGGACAUCUCCACCGUUGGUCUCCGACCUUUUUCAUUCUUAAUCGCUUCUUCUCUAUUCUGGAACCCUAAAUUUCUAAGCACAAUCAGCUUCUUCUAAUCAACAUUCUGGCAUGUAAAAUACAAAGAAUGGAUCAUUGAUACAUGAAGAAUUAAUGUUACAGUAGCAUUUUUGGAUUUGUAUGAAGUGAGUUGAUGGUUUAGAUGGCUACCAUAUCAUUAGUAGCUGGAAAUUGUGGAAGGAGAGGAGGAAGAGAAGAUAGAAGGUUCGAAUUCGGGUCAAACUCAUAUUUUGGGAAAGACUUUUUGGCUAGUGAAUUGCUUAAUAGUUCAUUUAGAAGAGCAAAUGGGUAUUGGUCAAAAGCUUUAAAAGGUUCUAGGAAUGAAAAUGAGAAGAGGUUUUGUGUUGUUGCGAAAGUUAAGAAAGGGAAGAAGCAUGAUUACCCCUGGCCUGAUGAUAUUGAUCCAAAUAUCACUGAUGGACACUUAGCUUACCUGUCUUACUUCAAGCCUUUGGAUGAGAAACCAAAACCGGUGACUUUACCAUUUGAGAAGCCACUGGUUGGUCUCGAGCAAAAGAUUAUUGAGGUAAGCAGAAUGGCUGAUGAAACUGGUCUGGAUUUUACUGAUCAAAUUGGAGCUUUGGAAAACAAGUACCAACAGGCUCUGAAAUAUUUAUACACCCAUUUGACACCUAUCCAACGCCUGACCAUUGCUCGACAUCCCAACAGACCAACAGCUCUUGAUCAUAUAUUAAAUAUCACAGAGAAGUGGGUGGAACUCCAUGGAGAUCGUGCAGGCUAUGAUGAUCCAGCUAUAGUAACUGGUAUAGGCAGCAUGGAUGGUAAGAGCUACAUGUUUAUAGGCCAUCAGAAAGGUAGGAAUACAAAGGAGAACAUUUUUCGCAAUUUUGCAAUGCCAACUCCCCAUGGCUAUCGGAAGGCUUUGCGAAUGAUGAAGUAUGCUGAUCAUCAUGGUUUUCCUAUUAUUACAUUUGUUGACACUCCUGGGGCCUUUGCUGAUCUCAAAUCAGAGGAACUUGGUCAAGGGGAAGCAAUUGCCCAAAACCUGAGGACCAUGUUUGGCCUUAAAGUGCCAAUUGUAACAGUUAUUGUUGGUGAAGGUGGUUCUGGUGGGGCUCUGGCCAUUGCUUGUCCCAAUAAAUUGUUUAUGCUUGAGAACUCUGUUCUAUAUGUUGCAAGUCCUGAAGCAUGUGCUGCUAUACUGUAUAAAUCUUCCGAGGCAGCUCCUAAGGCAGCUGAAAGACUGAGGAUAACAGCUAAAGAACAUUACAAGCGCAAAAUUGCUGAUGGUAUCAUCCGUGAACCUCUUGGAGGUGCACAUGCUGAUCCUGUAUGGACUUCCCAACAAAUUAAACUUGCAAUCACUCGGGCCAUGGAGGAAUUAACAAAAAUGAAUACAGAAGAGUUGCUUCACCAUCGGAUGCUGAAAUUUCGGUCAAUUGAACGUUUCCCAGAAGGCAAGCGACCAAAGCCAGUGGAACCUGAAAAGAAACGCAACAUGAAGCCUUCGGAUGCCAGCAUGCUGAAAGCUGCUGAUAUAGAGUCAGAUCUUGAGAGGUUAAAGAAGAAUAUUGUAGAGGCAAAGGUACCUUCAGAUCCAACUACGGACCAAGCUAUAGAAAAACUUAAGCAGGAUGUUGACAAGGAGGUUACCAGAGCAUUCAUUUCAAUGGGGUUUCAAAAGAAGCUUGAAUCACUUAAGUUGGAGUUAUCCAGAGCCCCUGAUAAUCAGCCCCUCAAUCAUAAUUUAAAGGUGAAGGUGGAUAAACUGAUGAAAGAAUUUAUGCAAAAUUUGUCACGGCCAGGGGCCUAUCUUGGCUUAAAGCAAAAGCUUGAAAAUCUAAGCAUGGUUAGCAGACUCAUUGAGCGGAAAGAGAAAGGUGAGAAACUGAAAACUGAGAUAAAUCAGAAGAUUCCAGCUGAGGUCAAAGCAAAGUUGGAACAAUUGAAAAAUGCUCAGAAAAAUUUGUCCAAAGGGGAUCCACUUGAUGAGGAUUUGGUGGCAGAGGCAGUAAAAGUUAAGAAAGAACUCAUGGAAGUUUUGAAGUCAGCUAACUUGGAAAUCGUUGGAGUGACAAACAGAAAGGUUCCAGAGCUACAACAGAAGAUUGUAAAUGUGAACAAAGAGAUCGGUGGAGAGAUCGAAAGGAUAAUCAAUGUAUCAGGUCUCCGUGGCAAAAUUGAGGAGUUGAAGGCAGAGAUGGCUAAAGGCUCUAGUUCACCAAGAGUAGAAAAACUAGAAACAGAGAUCAAGGAGAGGAUUCUUGCUGCCUUGGAUAACACGGCAUUGAAAGACAAGUUUGAGAAUCUAAGAAGAGAAUUUGCACCUUCCUUUGAAGCAGCUACAGAUAAAAGGCUUCCUGCUGAAAAAGGCUGAUGCUGAAAUAAAAACAUUUUACAUAGAUGCGAUUUAAGGUUGCAAAUCAAUAAAUACAGUAUUUCUUUUUACAUUAAAAAGCACUGUCCUUUGUCAUAUAUUCAUUUUUUUUAUUGAUUACUCUCAUGUGUUGAACUUAAACUUUGAUGCCAUGUAUUGAGCAUAAGGAUUUAACACAGUUAUGGCUACUUUUUUCUUGGUACAAAAGCAACUUGGUU